GAAUUGUUGGCAGUAGCAUAUUUGCAAUGUGGGAAAAGGCUUCAAAAGCAAGGAAAAUAGGUGAAGUAUCCACACCGAAUCAGACCGUAGCUGCAUCUAGUACUUGUACUUCUCCUGUUCAUUUGGAGAGCAAUUUGCAAUUGGUGUUAUGGCAAGAACCGGAGAGUAGAGGAGAAACCUCAAUGCCUCAUGUAGAAGAUGAUGAAUUUAUUGAUGAAGAUGAUGAACCGAUGCAAGCAGAUUUGGAGGCACUCGAACAUGAUCCUGGAAAGCGGAUUCCCAUCUCAAUGUAUGCUGUCAAUGACCAAGAUAGAGUAAGAAGGAGAUAUAUUGAGAUGGGGUGAUGUCAACCAAAGAAUCAUGAGUUCAAGUUUACAAAUAAAAGUGGGAAAGAUCGUCGCUUUUGUCGUGCUUGGUUUAAAGAAUUUCCAUGGAUUGAGUAUAGUGUGGAAAAACAUAGAGCUUUCUGCUUCGUUUGCUAUUUGUUCAAGGAUAAAACAAGAUGUCCCGGUGGAGAUGCUUUUGUGAAUAAAGGAUUUAAUAACUGAAACAUGAAGUCGAGAUUGAAGAAACAUGAAGGUGAGGUUAGUAGUGCUCAUGCUGAAGCUCAAGAGAAGUAUGAUAGGUUCACUACACCACAAACAUCAAUUCAGGAGUCUAUUGCUUCAAACACCUCACAAUACAAGGCUUUGUGUAAACAGCGUUUGACAUGGACACUCAAGUGUGUGAGAUUUCUGUUGUGCCAAGGCUUUGCAUUUAGAGGACAUGAUGAAAGUGAAGACUCGCUAAAUAAAGGAAAUUUUCUUGAGCUUCUAAAUUGGCUAGCUGGAAAUUUUGAAAAGAUUGACAGGGUUGUUCUCAAGAAUGCUCCACGGAACUGCAAGAUGACUCACCAUGAUAUACAACAAGAGGUGAUAAAAUGUUGUGCACAAGAGACUACUAAAUUAGUCAUUGAAGAACUUGAUGGUGGUCAUUUUUGCAAUACUUGCAUAUGAGUCUAGUGAUGUGUAUCAGAAUGAACAAUUGGCUGUUUGCUUGCGUUUUGUUGAUAAGAAAGGAAGGGCGGUUGUUAGAUUUCUUGGUAUUGCUCAUGUUGAAGAUACUACCUCUUUGACACUAAAAGCUGCAAUUCAGAAAAUGCUUAUGGACUACAAUCUGACCUUUUCGAUGGUUCGUGGGCAAGGAUAUGAUGGAGCUAGUAACAUGAGAGGUAAUGUUAAUGGCCUGAAAAAACUGAUUAUGGAUGAGUCCCCUUCUGCCUACUAUGUUCAUUGUUUUGCCCAUCAACUACAGUUAACUCUUGUUGCUGUUGCUAAGGAGAGUGGUGAUUGUACUUGGUUCUUUCAGCAUCUUGCACACUUGUUAAAUGCUCUUGGCAUGUCUUGUAAAAAGAUGAGAAUGCUUCAGAUAGCUCAGGCUGAAGAACUCAUUGAUGCAUUGGAAUUGGAAGAAGUAGAAACAGGGAGUGGGCUGAAUCAGGAAAUGGGUUUGGGAAGGCCAUGUGAUACACGUUGGGGCUCUCACUUCAAAACUGUGAACCAUGUCAUCUCUAUAUAUGGUGCACUACGACGAGUCAUUCGCAAGAUUGGAGACGAGUACCAUGGUGCGGAGGCACAAGCGGCUCUAUCCAUAGAGACAAUAUUUCGAUCAUUUGAGUUUGUUUUCAUGGCACACUUGAUGCAAGAAAUAUUUGGAUACACAGAUGAGUUGUGUAGAGCUUUGCAAAAGCAAGACGAAGAUAUUGUUCAUGCUAUUGAGCUUGUUCGUGACACAAAGUAUUACUUGGAGACUUUGAGGACCGAUGCUGGAUGGGAUGAUUUUCUCAUAAAGGUCACAUCUUUUUGUACAAAGCAUAAGAUCAAAGUUGUUGAUAUGGAGGGUCCUUACUUUCCCGUUGGCCAGCCUAGAAGGGGUUUAUGUAAUGGUGUGAUCAAUUACCACCGCUUCAAGGUUGAUAUGUUUGUGGGUGUCAUUGAUAGGCAAAUCAGUGAGCUGAAUGGCAGAUUUGAUGAGGUAAACACAAAGCUACUUUCUUGCAUGGCAACAUUCUGUCCACUUCAUCUAUUUGCUGCUUAUGACCAAGAGAAGUUGGUUAGGCUUGCUACAAAGUUUUAUGCUUCUGAUUUUACAAGUGAUGAACUGGCAAGACUUCCAUGGCAACUAAACAUGUAUGUUACUAAUGUGCGUAGAGAUGAAAGGUUUCAAAACCUGAAAAAUCUGUGUCAACUUUCAGUUGUGCUUGUGGAGACGAACAAGCAUGAACAAUAUCAUAUUGUUUACAAGCUUCUUAAGUUGGUAUUGAUUCUGCCAGUAGCUACGGCUAGUGUUGAAAGGGUAUUCUCUUCCAUGAGCCAUGUGAAGAAUAAGCUAAGGAGCAAAAUGGGUGAUGAAUAUUUGAACAAUUGUUUGGUUACAUUUGUUGAGAGAGAACUUUUCAAUCAAGUGAAGGAUGAAGAUGUCAUCAAUCUCUUCCAAAAAGGUGACCGCAAAGUUAUAUUGUAAGAAGGAUAUCAUCACUUUAUCAAUCAAAAGCCUUCAUUUCCUGGAGCCGCCACUGCCGACAUGCCCUGCCAACCCACCAAGGUGAUCGCGCUCGGAGGAACCCUGCUGGGCUGGGUGGACCUCUGGCAGGGCAUCGUCGUCCUCGACGUGCUCGACGACGACCCCAUGCACGUUCGGUUCAUCCCGCUGCCCAAGCCCGAUUUCUGCCGGUCCGAGUAUCACGCGCCCUGGGAUCGAGCUCCCCCCAACGCGGUCCACCGGGACAUCGCCUACUGCACCGACGGUUUCAUCAAGUUUGUCGACAUGGAUCUCCGGUUCCGCCACGUUGCCAUGAUCAAGGAAAGGCCCGUGAUCAAGACGACCACGGAUCUCGAUCACGCAGACACCAUCCUCGACUCCAAGCUCCUCCGCCGCGAAUGCGAAGAUAACAACAUACAUUUCGUCCGCGUCCCUAAUGGUUGGAAGAUCCGAACAUGUUACAGGCAUGUUUCGUGGGACUACUGGCGCAAGGACUGUCGGUGUCAAAACCGGCGGAUCUUGGAUAGAAACUCUUGAACCACAUUGUGAGGAUCAUGCCCAUGUCCGAGCUUUUACAUUCUCUCAACAUAUGAAUACACCUCCUCCACCCCACCAAAACACGUGGAACGACGACAUGGAUGGCUACUACUACAAUGGAAGCUUCUAUGGACAUGAUCGAGGUACGACAAUAUCAACUACCAGCUGCAUCCACCCGCCGGAUGGUCGUCUAAUCUGCCACAAUCUCACCAUGCCAGCUUGAAAUCAUUCGGAUCAGGUUCCAUCUAUCCAGUGAACCCCCAAUUGAUGUAUCCAGUGUCAACGGUGAACUCUGCAGCCCAUGGCGAACAAUGCUUAUCACUAUCGUUGUUGCCAAUGUGGCCGGAAUCCUCAUAGCCCCCGGCUUAUUCUUCAACAGGCAUGGUUCAAUUUAGUUUCAAUAAUACCUUUAUAACUGUUACAGACCCACAAGGUAUGCAGCGGGCAAAAAUUAUGGUAAAGGGCUGGUGGUGGAAGAGAUGUUUUUGUUCUUGUUUCUGGAAGUUCUGGGGUGUUGAGGACUGUAGGAAGUUUACAUGAACUUUUUUUAGCAGUUUUGGUGUGAAGUGCGCUGAAACGAAUUUCAGUGCAUUCCUACUGUUUGGUAGUACUUCUUUUAUUUCGGUUAGUGUGUCAGUUUUUAGUAUAUUUUCAGUUCGCUGUGUUUAUAUUUCAGUUCCUCGGAAUGGGCACCAUAAGUGUUUGUUUUAGUCUUUCAGCUAUUAGUCUCAGUUUUUUAGUAGAUUCGGUUUUAGCUGUUUUGGUAGAUCAUUUUCUUAGCUUUAUUGUUGAUUCAUUUUUAGUUCUUUUAGUAUAUCAUUUU